AUGAAUGGUUUAUUGCAAGUAAUGGGUCCAGCAUUUGUUCCACUUUUUCAAUCCGUAACAAAAGGUUCUGGUCCACCUAUACCUCCAAAUGGUUUCGUAAAUGUUCAACAGUUACAAUGUUGGAUUCAUGAAAAACUUCUAGCGUUAAGUCAAGAAUGGAUAGGUGACAUAGAACAACCUUACAUUUUUGAUCCUGAAGAAAAACUUAAAUUACGAUUAAUUGAUGAACAAA